AUGACAAACGCUACAGUCAAAGAAACUACAGCUAUUCUCGACUUGAAGAAGCUGGCUCUUCAGGAAAAGUCUUACUUGUCUUACCCCCCGACUGUUUAUUCUGAACUUGAACCCUUUGAGCACAACGAUCCUGGCCAUCGUGCUGAUCCAACCAAGGCAUCAAUAUAUAACAAUGCUGAAAAGAUAUUUGAUCUUACUCCAAAUAUUGGUACCGAAAUCCAUGGAUUACAGCUCUCCCAGUUGACAAACCAGCAAAAGGAUGACCUUGCUCUUCUUGUUGCAGAACGCGGUGUUGUGUUUUUCAGAGACCAGGAUCUCAACUAUCAACAAGGAAAAGAGCUUGGAAGAUAUUAUGGUCCUCUCCACAUUCACUUGACAGAAGGACAUGUUCCUAAUGAGCCAGAAGUCUUUCCCAUUUUCUAUGAUAAGAGUGAUGAAGCAAACAAGAUCUCAUCAUACUUCCGUACUGCCUCUGAUGGCUGGCAUAGUGAUGUAAGCUAUGAGCUCCAGCCUCCUGGAUUCACAUUUUUGAAGCUCGACACUUUGCCAACUAUCGGUGGAGACACUUUAUGGUCAUCCAGCUAUGCUGCCUACGACAGACUGUCUCCUGCUCUGCAAAAAUUUCUCGAGGGUCUUGAGGUUGUGCAUUCUGCUAAAGAUCAAGGAUUAGGUGCAAAGGCUCGUGGAAUUACUCUACGCAGACAAAAUGUGGAGCACACCCAUCCACUCAUUCGCACCCACCCAGUUACGGGUUGGAAGGGUCUCUUUGUACAGCCCAUAUUUGUCCACCACAUUGUCGGAUUGAGCAAGCGUGAGUCUGACACUAUCCUCAACUUCUUGUAUGAACACAUAUAUGGCGGACAUGAUUUUCAGGUGCGAUUCAAAUGGACUGAAGACACAAUCGCAGUCUGGGACAACCGAGUUACUACUCACUGCGCAAUAUUUGACUAUUUGAAUAUCGACAGACGUCAUGGCUGGAGAAUUACAGCACAGGCCGAAAGACCUUACUAUGACCCCAAGAGCAAGUCCAGAAGUGAGGAGCUUAGAAAGAAGCAGAGCUCAGGCCAAUAA